GAAAAAAGAAACAAUAAUGCCUUAGGAAAAUCUCAAGAGAUGGUGGUUCUUCUUCGUCAACCGAACCAUAUCCACUUAUCAUCAUUGUUUCCAAGCAGCAGAAAGCCAUUGGGAUCACCACAGGUGAUAACCGCCGCGGCUGCAGGCAAGAGAAACGGCCGAGAGCUGGUGCUAUCCGGCGAGGUCAGGGCGGUGGAGCCGAAGAAAGCGGCGGAGGCGGUGGCGGCGGAGGGGUACGUGAUGUUGGACGUGAGGCCGGAGUGGGAGAGGGAGAAGGCGCGUGUGAGAGGGUCGCUGCACGUGCCGUUGUUUGUGGAGGAUACAGACAAUGGGCCGAUAACGCUGUUGAAGAAAUGGGUCCAUUUUGGGUAUAUUGGGCUCUGGACGGGCCAGAGAUUCACCACGUUAAAUGACGAGUUUGCCCUCCGAGUUCAGGAAGCUGUUCCGGACAAGGAGAGCAGGGUGCUUGUCGCCUGCGGCGAAGGACUCAGGUCACUGAUGGCGAUAGCGAAGCUGCACGAGGAAGGGUACAAGAGCAUGGGGUGGCUGGCGGGAGGGUACAACAGAGCGGAGAGAGAUGAUUUCCAGGAGACCGAAGGAAGAGAGGAGCUUAGAUUCGCUACCGUCGGAGGUGUAUCUUACUAUUUCCUCAAGCUGCUUUUACUGUUUCAGACAUUCAGCCGUUGAAAACUUGAUGGAUGAGUGUCCGAAUUUCUAGCCAUCGAUCGCUAAAUCAGAUUCUCAUAAUGGGUUUAGAAGGAA